UCACAGGAUGACAGGAAAAAGGCACCACCAUAAAAGGACGCCUGCUCUGUCGCUCUUAAAGCAACAUGACAAGCUUAGCUAACUCCAGUCUGGGCAGACACGGACUGCCACACGGAGGCCCUAACCACCUUCUGAUAUUUCUUUAAGGGCUCAUGAGACAGCUGUUCCUCAAAGGACUGGAGGGAGCACCACAGAGAAGGACCCAACAUGAUCUUUAACUUCUCAGGCCCAUAUGAGGUCCUUAGCAGACACGAUGUAAAGGUUUUAUUUGUAUUCUGUGAGGAUACGUCUGUCAACACUCAACACCACAAGCAGAGCCCAGAGCCAGUGAGCAUCCCUCUUCUCUGUCAGAAGUGAACAGAGACCAGGUCCUCUACGCCAGGCACAGUAAUUGUGACCACUGCUGGAUACAGAAAUGGCUAACAACUUUACUACACCAUUGGCAACUUCUCACAGCAAUAACUGUGAUCUCUAUGCACACCACAGCACAGCCAGGAUAUUAAUGCCUUUGCAUUACAGCCUGGUCUUUAUCAUUGGGCUGGUGGGAAACCUGUUGGCCUUGGUCGUCAUUGUUCAAAACAGAAAAAAAAUCAACUCGACCACUCUCUAUUCAAUGAACUUGGUGAUUUCCGACAUCCUGUUUACCACAGCUUUACCCACUCGAAUAGUCUACUACGCACUGGGCUUUGACUGGAGGAUUGGUGAUGCCCUGUGCCGGAUAACUGCUCUGGUGUUCUACAUCAACACAUACGCAGGUGUGAACUUCAUGACUUGCUUGAGCAUAGACCGCUUCUUCGCUGUGGUGCACCCUCUGCGCUACAACAAGAUUAAAAGAAUCGAAUAUGCAAAGGGUGUCUGCAUAUUUGUCUGGAUUCUGGUCUUUGCUCAAACACUGCCACUGCUCCUCAACCCUAUGUCUAAGCAGGAGGGAGACAAGACUACUUGCAUGGAAUAUCCAAACUUUGAAGGGACAGCGUCUCUGCCAUGGAUUCUGCUGGGAGCCUGCCUGCUAGGCUACGUGCUGCCCCUCACAAUCAUUCUCCUGUGCUACUCUCAGAUCUGCUGCAAACUCUUCAGGACUGCCAAGCAGAACCCGCUCACUGAGAAAUCUGGUGUGAACAAAAAGGCUCUCAACACAAUUAUCCUCAUCAUCGUCGUGUUCAUCCUGUGCUUCACACCUUACCAUGUGGCCAUCAUUCAGCACAUGAUAAAGAUACUCUGUUCCCCUGGGGUCCUGGGGUGUGAGGCGAGACAUUCCUUCCAGAUCUCUCUGCACUUCACGGUAUGCCUGAUGAACUUCAACUGCUGCAUGGACCCUUUCAUAUACUUCUUUGCAUGUAAAGGGUAUAAGAGAAAGGUCAUGAAGAUGCUCAAACGUCAAGUGAGCGUGUCAAUCUCCAGUGCAGUGAGGUCAGCCCCUGAAGAGAAUUCACGGGAAAUGACGGAGUCUCAGAUGAUGAUCCACUCCAAGGCCUCCAAUGGAAGGUAAAGGCACUUGGGACUUCACAGCACAGCAAGCUGUGGGAUGGAAAUGUUCUGCUCCCAACCAGAAUGCCUUCCAGUUGUCCUCUCUGGGCACAAUUUCCCACUGCCAACCCACCAGCCAACACACUGGGAUCCAGACCAGAUCACGAGAAUAAAAAAGCAAGUUUAACUUCAAAAACGAAAUAUAUGUAAAGGAAGGCUAUCAUAAUAAGUCUCAAUGUAAAAAGAAAUUCUCUGUGAAAUUACUAUUUCUUGCUAAUAGUUUGGCAAAAGAAAGACUAACUGCACUGUAUAUUGCCAGUGUAAAAAUGUUAAUAUUGUAAUAUAUGGAACAUAUUUCUUAAUUUACACCACUUUCAAUUUUAGAUAUUGUCUCCUUAGUAAUAUGUUCUUGUUUGCUUUGUUCUGAGACAACUGUUUUAAGAAACAUUUUGUGAGAUAAAGAACAGGUUCUAAUGAGAGCAUUAAUAUGCCACUAUAAACUAACAGCAAAAGUUCCAAGUACAAUUAACGGGAGGUAGAUUUUAAGAGCAAUGGUAGAGAUGUGAUGACAGAGGCGAAAGAAGUGUCAAGCCCUUCCCUGAGCAGCUGGGAUAGUGCCUGUGGACCACUGCUCAGAAAUACGACAGGGGCUUCCCACACAGGCAUCCAAUGAAAACAGCCACGCGCUGCCUUCUUUUUAGGAAUAGAAAAUGUGCACAUAUGCUUGAGUCUUGAGGGGACUUUUGUUCAGGUUGGUAGUACCUGGUAUCUACACAGCUGUAGAUUAGGUUAUGAGAACUGGAGCAAUGAGGAUUACAAUUAUAAUUGCCAUAGUUGCAUAAAUAAAUCAGGAAGUUAAUGCAUAAUUUAUAAAUUAGUAGUUUUCAGGAUUUUUUCUUUUUAAAAAAUUUAUUGUAUGUUUGCCGGCAUGCAAGUCAGUGCACCACAUGUGAGCGGUGCCUGCAGAAGCCAGAGAGGGUGUCAGGUCCCCUGGGGCUAGAGUUAUAGGUGGUUGUGUGCCAUUACAGAGGUGCUGAAGAUCAAACACUGAUCCUCCGGAAGAGCAGCUAGUGCUCUUAACCACUGGACCUUCUCUAAAAAAUGUUUUUUUUUUUCCCUUUUGAGACAGAGUCUAGCUAUGUCAGUCUAGCAGGCUGGAAUUCUCUAUGUAGAUAGGCUAGCCUUAGACUUGCAGAUGAGCCUCGAGCCUCCUGCCUCCCUCGUGAGGGAGCUAGAGGUGUCCUGCUGGGAUUCUCUGUGAUGUCACACACCUGCCUAUACAAAUACUUUAAUAUGUACAGCAAGGUCUUCCUAAGUUCCUAAGCCCUGUUUACCCAAUCAAAUUUGGUUUGCUCCAGACCUGAAAUCUCCCCAGUAUACUAUCUCACUUAGCAAUGAUACCAAUUUAGAUAAUAGGGAAGAAAUAACACUAUACCAUGAGCCAUAAUUUCAACUUUUAUUGAGCUGUAUGCCCAGGAUAUAUUUCAUUUUAGUAAAAUUAACCUGUUUUGUCUUUUGAGACAGAGUUUCAUUAUAUAGCCCAAGACUGGCCUGCGACUCACCUUGUAUCCCAGGCAAAUAUUUAACUAAAGAUCUUCCUCAGGCACAAACAUGUAACCCCAACACCUGGGAGGCUAAGGCAAGAAAACUGUUGCAAGUUGGAGGCUAGCCUGUGCUAGGGUUAUAUACAUAUUAUAGCAAGUCCCUACUUCAGUAAGAAAAAUAAAAUGCCCCGUGUUAGCCUGCUGUGGCUACAGGUGUGUGCUAUCAAACCCAGCUUGAAGUGAGCUUGAUCCUCACUACUGUAACUUUACUGGGUACAGUAAUAUCUGAAUUGUGCUAAUUUCACAGAAUUAAAGCCUCUAACAACA